UGUGUGGCGAUUUACGGAGAGAGAGAGAGAGAGAGAGAGAGAGAGGAAGGAGAGAUUCAGAGGACGGCUAUGGCGGUUGGGUGGACGAUUCUCCUAAAUCCUAGGGUUUCUCUUCACCCAUGUCGUGUCUCGUAGUAUAGGCCUCUCCUCCUCACAUAGCGAUCCGAACCCCCAAGCCAUUGGAGGGGGGUCUUCGUCGUCGCCCUAGUCGAGGAGGAGGUCGCGGCGGAGAAGACGACGAAGCUCUUCGACAUGUCGCUAAUGGCGGAGAGGUGGAGGAAGGGGGUGUUCUUCAUGCCGACGAUGGUGUGCGGGCGCGAGGCCACGGACAGGGAGGUGGUCUCCAGGGACGGGAGCCACUAUAGCUUGUCGAGCGGGAUCCUCCCGUCGCUCGGAGCAAGGAGCAAUCGCAGGGUGAAGCUGCGCAAGUUCAUCAUCUCCCCUUACGAUCGGAGAUAUCGAGGAUGGGAGACGUUUCUUAUUAUUCUGGUCAUUUACUCUGCUUGGGUAUCUCCGUUCGAAUUCGGAUUCAUUCGGAAUCCAACAGGAGGCCUAGCUCUAGCUGAUAACAUUGUCAACGGAUUCUUUGCAAUCGAUAUCAUUCUAACAUUCUUCGUAGCCUACCUUGAUAGGGCUACUUAUCUGCUCAUAGACAGCCCGAAGCAAAUCGCUUGGAAGUAUACAAGGAGCUGGUUUAUUCUAGAUUUUGUUUCCACUAUCCCCAACGAACUCGCUCGAAAGAUUCUUCCUCCAUCCCUCCGUUCGUAUGGAUUCUUUAACAUGCUCCGGCUUUGGCGUCUUCGAAGAGUCAGUGCACUCUUUGCUAGAUUGGAGAAGGAUAGGCACUUCAACUACUUUUGGGUGCGGUGUGCGAAGCUUAUAUGUGUGACGCUUUUUGCUGUGCAUUGUGCUGGGUGCUUCUAUUAUCUUCUUGCUGAUAGGUAUCAUGAUCCCGAUAAGACAUGGAUUGGGAGUUCUAUGCCUAAUUUCCAUGAGAAAAGCUUGUGGAUCCGUUAUGUGACGUCUAUGUAUUGGUCGAUCACCACUCUGACCACUGUUGGAUAUGGAGACUUGCAUGCAGAGAACACAAGAGAAAUGAUUUUUAACACCUUCUACAUGCUUUUUAAUCUUGGACUGACAGCUUAUUUGAUCGGAAAUAUGACUAAUUUGGUUGUCCAUGGGACUAGCCGUACUAGAAAAUAUAGAGACACAAUCCAAGCUGCUAGUGGCUUCGCACAAAGGAACCAGCUUCCAGUCCGGCUACAAGACCAGAUGAUCUCUCAUCUAAGUUUGAAGUUCAGGACAGAUUCAGAAGGACUUCAACAACAAGAGACUCUUGAUGCCCUUCCUAAAGCUAUUAGGUCCAGCAUUUCCCACUAUCUGUUUUACAAUCUUGUACAAAAGGUUUAUUUGUUCCGAGGGAUUUCUUGUGAUCUACUUUUCCAACUGGUUUCUGAGAUGAAAGCUGAAUACUUUCCUCCAAGGGAGGAUGUAAUCUUGCAGAAUGAAGCACCUACAGACUUCUAUAUACUAGUCACUGGCAAUGUGGAUCUAAUAGACCACAAGAACGGGGAACAGAUUAUUGGGGUGGCUAGAGCAGGAGAUGUUGUUGGAGAGAUUGGUGUUCUUUGCUAUAGACCCCAGCUAUUCACCGUCCGUACCAAAUCAUUGUGUCAGUUGUUACGUUUAAACCGUACAACAUUUCUUAGUAUCGUGCAGUCAAAUGUUGGAGACGGUACAAUAAUCAUGAACAAUCUGCUUCAGUAUCUGAAAGAUAAGAAAGAAGACCCUGUCAUGGAAGGAGUCUUGAGGGAGAUAGAGAACAUGCUGACGCGGGGACAUUUGGAUUUGCCUCUUACUCUGUGUUUUGCUGCAAUUAGAGGAGACGAUUUUUUGUUACAUCAACUUCUAAGACGUGGUUUGAAUCCAAACGAAGCAGACAACAAUGGGCAUUCAGCGCUGCACAUUGCAGCAUCGAAGGGAAGUGACCACUGUGUGAGACUCCUGCUGGAUUUUGGGGCAGAUCCCAACUGCAGAGACUUGGAAGGAAGAGUUCCCCUAUGGGAGGCUUUACUUGGAAAGCACAAAGCUGUGGUCCGUCUUUUAGUAGACAACGGUGCAGACCUCUCAUCUGGCGACACGGGCCUUUAUGCUUGCACGGCUGUCGAGGAGAACAACAUAGAUCUCCUCAAAGACAUUCGUCGGUAUGGUGGAGACAUAACAUUACCAAGAAAAGACGGAAGCACCGCGCUUCACCUCGCCGUAUGUGAAGGCAAUAGUCAGUUGGUUGAGUUCUUAUUAGAAAUUGGAGCCAACAUAGAUCAGCCAGACUUCCACGGUUGGACCCCGAGAAACCUCGCGGACCAGCAAGGCCAUGAUGAGAUAAAAGCGCUUUUUGAAGACAAAAAGGCACCUGAACGAACUGCUUCUUUCAAGAGCCCAAGGCCAGUACCUCAUUUGAUUGGAAAAUAUAGUAGCGAGCCUGUGAUUCCGCACAUCAGCCAAGAUGGUUUGCUAGAGAGCAGCAACAAUAUAAGGCGGAGAGCCAACUUCCACAACUCGCUCUUCGGGGUUAUCACGUCGGCUCACGUGAAUAAGAGUAACAGCGAGCUACACUCCCCUGUUGGGGCCUCUAGAGGCAUUGGUGGCAAUUACUAUCGGAAUUCAUUAUUGAGGGUAACAAUCAGCUGCCCCGAGAAGGGAAAUACUGCAGGAAAGCUUGUGCUUCUACCCGAGUCGAUGGAGGAGCUCCUCGACAUCGGCGCUAAGAAAUUCGGAUUCUUGCCUACAAAAGUGCUUACAAAAGAUGGAGCGGAGGUCGACGACGUGAAGCUUAUAAGAGACGGUGAUCAUCUCAUUCUAGCUAGCAACGACUGGGCGGGAGAUGUUAACACAUGAAAGAUAGGUUAGUAUUUAAGUUCUGCCACGCCCUUUUGCCAAUGCUUCUCGUCUCAACAGUCCAGUUUCUUGUUAUAGGAAUUAGAGAUAUUGGCAACAUUAAAAUAGUGAAUUCGUGGAUAGUUUUUUUGGUUAGAUGGGACAACGAACCCAAAUGGGAGAGCCUGGAUGAUUACAUCAUCAAAAUAGAUGCUACCAUCUUUUGCUCAUCGUUGUUGUAAGUGUAAAAAUUUUCCAACGUUCACAGGAAAAAGGUUGUGAAAAGCACACACUUGAGUUGCAGCGCGUGAUUAUUAUUAUGCAAGAUUAUGAUUCUUACAGAGAGAAACAUUUCUCAUUCCAACUUGGUUGCUGCAGCUUUUGUCGUAAGCUCUUACCAUCUUAUUUCGCUCCCUUUGGAGCUAUUAGAGAUUUGAAGUGCUUCUUUGACUCCUAAUUGGGCACUCUACUUAAUCUUCAUUGAAUUUUGUAUGGACAUGGGAGUUUUGUACUCCAAGUGGAAAUACAUAUAUAUAUAUAUAU